AUGGCCCGCCUGAACGGACAAGCCAUGUCGUCUGUCUCGUCGUCAACAGACAACCUCGAGCUUCUGCGUAGGAAGUUCCUCAGGCAAAACAGAGAUAUUGCUCGGGUCAAUUCCACACAGUCACUUCGUAUCCGCGGGCUGGAAAAUGAAUGCGCUCGUUUGCUGUCAGAAAACCUCGAACUUCGUAGUCAGGUCUUGCGCCUCGAAAAGGAGCUCCAAGACAACGCUGCGCAAAGAGUGGCCGAUCAUGCGCUCGAGAUCAAGGCCAAGAUGGAGACGCAGUUGGCGGAGCUCAGUUUACUGCUAGCAGGUUUAGGAGAGCCGCCCGCCAAGCGACGCCCCUCCGAAGAAAGGCGAUAUGCGCAACCUCGACCGAGCGUUCAUCGGAGCCCUCCCCUAAGAAGAGCACGCCAGGAGGCUGACCAGGAACUACUUGCCGAGCAGGAAGGGAGGCUACCACCGAUUUACGAGAACAAGACGUAUGCACGAGCUACGAUGAACAGUGAGGAAAUCCUAGCGUUGUGCAUGCAGGCAGAUGACUGGAACGACUCGCCAGACAUUGGACCGCCGCCAGUAUCUAGGUUUGUUGAGGAUGAUAUGGUCAUAUCUCGAUCUCCAUCGCCAAGCAAGAACGCCGAGACCGAAGAGAUGCAAGCUGCCGAGCAAGUAGAAGAGAGCCCUAGGGGCCUCCAAGUGCCGCCGUCACUAUCGCCGCCCAAACUUAACUUUGACAGGAGACCAAACAUGAUCCUUUUCAGCCCGCCCAAAGAAUCGACAAUUACGGAACCUACCAAAAUGUCCAGUCCCAUUCAGAUGGAACCGCCAAAACAACUUUCCUCGGCUGCACCAAGUGAGACGAUACGGGCAGGCCUCAAACGAAAGUUGAACGACGAGAACGAAAACGAACCCAACAAGGCAACCAAGCUGCAGCAAGGAAAGGACGUUGGCAGUACGACUGGGAAGAAGAAAGGACUCUCUGCCCGCGACCCGCAAAAGAGGAAAAGCAUCAGAGAGACCGCAACGAAACCGAGAGCUCCACUGUCAGCAAAGAGCACGAAUGAGCACAUUACUUCUCCAAAGAAGGCGACGAAGGCCUACGAGGUAGACGACGAUUUCAAGCCGGUGAAGGUGCACAAGGCACAAAAGGGCAAGGAGAGGGUUGACCUGCCGCUCCCGGAAGAGGAGUCAACAGCAGAAGAAGGGCAAGGAACUUCUACGUCAGCAUUUACGAAAAUCGAGAACGUCCUACCGGCUCGGAAACGUACUCCAGAGAUUGCAGAGAUUCCCGAAACCGAAAUCCUGAUGACAAUUGGAACACCAGAGCGCGCCUCCGGAAGCACCGUUGUGACCCACGACACCCCGCCGCCAGCCCACAUUUCAUCUAAUGGAGAGACGUCGCGGCCUAGCAGGCGUGCCAGAGCGGCCAUCAGCUAUACCGAGCCCAAUUUGCGCGACAAGAUGCGGCGACCGACCAAGGAGCUCUUUGAUGCCGUUUCUGGGGAGGGCAAGUUCCUCCACAGACCAGCAGCGCAACAGCAGCAGCAACGCAAGGGGGACGAGUCGGCACCAACGUCAGUGAGCAAGGCCAAGGCCGAGUCGGAGCCAGUGGUGGAUAUGAGCGGUCUUGCUAGCAGUACGCUAUUCGAAAAGGAAAACAAGGACGAGAAGGAGAAGGAGCCACAACCGGAGGAAGGGAUAUUAUCUCCAAACGGCUUCCUCCCAAGCUCGGUCGACCUGGGAAGGAGAAGGCGCGCCUCAUCCUUUUCAACUACGGCCGCUGCAAUGAUGAUUCCUCCGAUCCGAGAGCAACCCACGCCAAAUCCCCCAGCUGCGGAGGAGAUUGACGAAGACGCCGCUGUUGAGGCUCAAAUUCAAAAGGAGUUGAGUAAUAGUAUCACGACACGACCUAGAGGUGGAAAGGGAAGGCAAUCACUGAGCCGUCCCACACCUACAAUUCCCACGGAAACGCGAGAGGACGCACAACUCCCGACGAAUUCGGCUUCGGUGGAUCUCUACGACUUUGCCAGUUGCGCAUCUCCGGAUACUGCGGCACCCCAAGAAGAAACAAAUACCAGCGAUGUUGCCGGUAACAAGAAGGCACCAAAGGGUUCAAGAAGGGCGUCCUCAGCUGCUUCGACUGAGACGACAGCAACAGCGUCCGCAAAGCCAAGAUCUUCCCGGAAAAGGGCUUCAAUGUUGGUGCCGAAGAAGAGCUCGUGGUCCGAGGAGCAACCGCUAGAGGAAGAGGAGGAGGAAGAUGUUGGUAAUGACAGCGGAGGGUCGUUGUCUAAAGGCAGGGCAUCGAGGAGGAGAAGUAUGAUGCUUUGA